CCACUAUCAGACAAUUCAGUUGCCAAUCGCACAUACCAUACACUUUACGAUCAUAUUCUGUGUUCAGUUAUGUCAUAGUAUUAAAGUAAAAACUUUUUUACACUACUUAUCGACCCAUUGAUGAACCAAAACAUUGUUUUAUGAUAAUUAUUAACAUGUGUUACGCGUCGAGCUUUAUUAGAGUGCAGGCCUUCAUAUACGGCACUCUUGUUAAGUGUCACCAACUCUUCACUCCAUUCACUACUAGUCAUAUCUCUUGUCCUUUCGAUCAAAUGUCAAUAGUUGUGUUCCUGUCUUCAGCCAACAUCUCAAUGGCAUCUCCAAUAAGGGGUGAAUCAUCUCAAAAGCAAUCACCAAAUGCUUCUCCAGCGUCAUCCUCAUCGUCCCGAAGACUAUCAAUGAGUUCAUCUCCCAAAUGGAUAAAUCCGUGUCGACUGCCGACACAUCCUAUAAAUCCUGACAAAGACUUUGCCGGUGCGCCACCGGUUCCCGUCAAAGAGCUCUUACGUAAUGUCAUGAGUAGAGCAAAAGUGGCGAGAAAUCACGGCCAGCAAGUGAAGGAGAUUUUC